GCAUGCAUCUGGUUUGCUCCGAUUCCUCUAAAAUCCACUUGAAUCAAACUGUGGGGGAGUGCAGUAACAUCUGAGGAGUUUACAACUGUCGUGUCUCUCCUGGCAUCUCAUCACCUUGGGGGAUGACCUUCCCUUCCAGUGUGAAAAAUAGAAAAUAGACCUGACUGGGAUCAACAGCCUCAUGUGAAGCUGAAUGGUGUAGAGGAAAUCAUUUUCCUAGGACCUGGGCCCCUCCAGAGGAGCUGGUUGAAAAAAGGCAGUGGAAUGUUUUAUCCAUUGGAAGUCAAACUGAUGUUUAUGGUGCUGGGUUGUGUCUGGGGUCUAGAUGACAUGGUUGUUUCUUCUCCUGAACUGAUGGCACAUGUGGGUGACUCAGCCCUACUGUGCUGCAUUUUCCCGAGCACUGUGAAGAAAGAAGUGACAAAAAUGUACUGGAUGUUCUCAGCUGGGGAGCAUGCACAGGAGGAGUUUGUUCUGUACUACUUUGCCAACCUCAGUGUGCCUGUGGGGCAUUUCAAGGACCGUGUGAGCUUGGUGGGGAAAAUCUCAGACAGUGAUGGCUCCAUCUUGCUUCAGGAUGUGAGAGAGGCUGACCAAGGAGUCUACACCUGUGAGAUCCAGGUCCACAGAGAGAUCAAUGUUUUCAAGAAGACAACCAUGCUGCGAGUGGUCCCAGCUAAGCCCACAACCCUGAAGCCCACAGAAGCCUUCAGAACUGAUGGGCCGAGGAACUAUCAGCAUGUGAUCAUUGUAGGGAUUGUUUGCUUCACUGUCAUACUGCUUGCCAUCCUGGGAGUGACCAUGAGGAGGAGUCGGCGCCAACACAGAUCAGAAAGCCACAUGGAGAAUACUAGUAAGGCUAAGCCAGAGGUACAUGCACACAUUUAUUCCACAAUAACUCCACAGUCUGUGAUUGAGGAAGAGGAGUCAAGCAGAUCUUCGGAGACCACCUACAUGACGAUGCUACCAGUGUGGCCUUCCCAGAGAGCAGAGCAGAAUAAAUCGUCUGAGGUAAUGCCAGAAACAAAACAAACUCUUGGAAGAGCACUAGUGAAAGAAGAUAAUAUCUCUCAGUAGCCCUUGAUCCCUCAUUUUUCCCCAAGGCCCAGCUGCCGUUGAUGUCCUGAAGCUCUUCUGUGGUCUUCUCUGUUUGCUGCUUUUGUCUGAGGGUUGAAGAUAAUGACCUUGAUCUGUGAUAGAAAGAGACUGUGGUGCUUGGGAGAGACAGUCCUCCAAUCAGUAACAGGCCAGAGGCUUAAUUCGACAACAAAUGCGAUCCAGCAGACUGCUUAGAAGUAUUGGCUGAUGGGGAGCCUACAUCAGGUCCUGGGGAAGAUAAAAAUGACGAUGGGGAGCUUGUGUUAUGUCUCCAGAGCAAGUGUGUGAUCCUUGUUGAGAGCACAUCAAACUAUUAAAAUGGACAUUGUUCUUGUAGAGUAAGUUAUUGUGAAGAAAGCUAAAACAUCACAAAUCAGUUCAAAAUGUUUGGUUUUAUAAUGACUAAGAAAUUAUCUAUAAAUGGAUGUAUUCAGAGGAAAUCGUUUUUCCUUUUACCCCUCCCUUUUCUACCUCUCCCCUUUUGGCUGAGGACUAGAGGAAUAUUGGUUAGGAGAAAAUGGUGCUGGUGAUGAAUUCAUAGUAGGUAGCUCCUUCACCAACAUUAUAUCCAGGAGAAAAGCCAUCCUGCAGCCCACUGUAUCAUAUGAGUGAGAUACGGUGUCUGACAGUGUCAAUCUGAAAGUAAAGAAUCUUGAAUUUGGUAGAAAAAGAAGAUUUAGAACUUCAUGUGUGUGAUAAAAUGUUUGGGUCUUUAGUAUUGCCACUUAGAGAUUGAACAAAUCUUAGAAAUUCUUUGAUUUGGAAUAUCUCUUUCCAACCACCAGAACUGAGCCUUUUCCUAGGCCAGGUCCUCCUAGCCUCCCAGGCUAUACGUGUAAGUGUGUAUUAUCUUUAAGGUUCCAGAAUUAUUCUGUCACCUCACAUCCUUAUUGCCACUUAAUCCAAGCUCAGCUUCCCCUGAACUCCCCUGGCCACUAGGUGUAUUUAGCCAUUUUAUUUGGUCUUCUUGCUUCUAUUCCUAGCUCAGAUAGAAUGCCUUUGGCUUAAUCUGCCACUGAUACUAGCAGUAUGACCCUGGGCAAGUCACUUAACCUCUGAGUUUGCCUCAGUUUCCUCAACUAUAAGAUGGGAAUAAUAAAAGCACCUACCUCCCAGGUUUCUAGUGAGGAUCAAAUGAGAUAAUAAUUAUAGUCCCCUUAGCACAGUGCCCAGCACAUAGGAAGCACCAUCUAAAUGUUAGCCAAUGUUAUUAUUAUUAGCUCACCUGAAUCUUUAAGCCUCUGCUUUAUUGUAGAACCGAUUCCUUUUUCUUCUGUUCCCUUGCAAAGGACAAUAUUCACCUUUCAUCUCUUAUUCAUUUGGGACCAAGAGACAACCAGCCUUUCCCUCUCAUAGCAAUUAGCUUUAAAAAAUAACAUAAACCAAUAAUCCUUUAAAAUAGAUACCUUGAAUGCAAUAGUCUGAUCACACUAUAAAAGUCGCCUAUGUGGGAAUGUAUAAUGGUAUUGGUGGUGUUUAUUCUUUCUCUCUUUAUGGGGAGGGAAAGUAAGGGUUUAAUUUUUGGCCUGUAGAUAAUACUUUCUAGAAUUAAUAGGUAUGUCCCUUCCCCAGGAUAGCAUAUGCAUAGAAUAAUGGCAUUUAGGAUAUAGGGGCAGAUGGAUGCACAUAAGUGCAAAUUUCUUAUGUUGUCAUUUAAAACCCUUGUUAUUUUUCCAGCAUUUUCUCAUACUAUUCUCCUCUAUGUAUUCUGUUCUAUCCAAACUGGAUCAGUCUCCAUCCCCUGUAUGUUUUCAGUAAUUUCUUGCCACAGUGGCUUUGCCCAAGCUGUUCUCUGUGUCUAACAUGCAAAACUUCCUUUCCAAAGCCUUCUGAACUCUUACCUAAAGUCCAACUCAAAUGUGACCUCCUCUAGGAAGUCUUGUCUGAUUUCCUGCAAGUUAGUAGUAUAAUUCCCAGCUUGGACCUCAUUUUAUUUGCAUCCCUCUCAUGUACUUAUUGUGUAAUAUUCUGUAUUAUAGUUAUUUGUAUGUGUGUCAUAUUCUGCUACUGGACUGUAAGCUCUAAGGGGGCAGGAACCUUUUCUAAACUUUGUAUUUUUUGCAAUGCCUAAAACAGUGCUCUGUAGACAGAGGCAUUCUGCACCUCAGCAUCUCUCUGGUUUUAAUUUCAGGUUGAAAUACUUAAUAAAUGCUUGUUAAAUGGAA